AUGAACAAAUUCUUCUCGCUUAUUUGUAUUGCUCUCUUUAUCUCGGCAACAUUCGCAAAAAAAUCGGCAACUGAACAAGCUGUUGAUGCUGCUGCUGAUUUAAAGGACAAAGUUGUUGAAAAGGUUAAAGAUGCAGCCAGUGCAGCAUAUGAUGCUGCGUCACCAAAAGUUGCUGAAGGUGCUGAAUACGUGAAAGAUAAAGCUGGACAAGCCUAUGAAGCUGGAAGUAAACUCGCCGGUGAAUAUGCUGAUGUUGCAAAAGAAAAAUUAGGAAAAGUAGCUGAUGAUGUCAAAGCUUCCGCACAACAAUUUGCGAAUGAUGCUGCUAAAACUGGUCAAGAAUAUGCGCAAGAAGGUAUGAAACAAGGUCAAAAAUUAGGUGAACAAGCAUUCGAAGUUGGAAAAGAUAAAGCUAAUGAAGCACUCAAAGCAGCUCAGAAAUCAGGUGCUGAUGCCUAUGAAGCUGCGCUUGAAUAUGGUGCUGAUGGAGUUCAACGAGCUAAAAAAUUACCUGAACAAACCGUUGAAUUAACUCGUGAUAAAGCUAACGAAGCCUUGAAAGCUGCUCGACAUGCUGGAGCUGAUGCAGUUGAUUCCGCCACCGAAUACGUUCAAGAAUCAAGAAAACAAGCAUCAAAGAAAGCGAAAGAAACCGCCGAAGAAACUAGUGAAAAAGCACAAAAAGCUAAAAGAAAUGCUGAUCUCUAA